AUGGAAAGGGAGAGGAAAAUGGAGAAAUACAGGAGGGAGCUGCCCCGGGACUCACCUGCAGCGCCUGCCACCUGCGCCGCUGGAGAGCCCCGCGCUCCCGUGGGGCGGCCACGCGCGAGGGAGCAGGGAAACGCCGCGCCCCGAGGCGGGAGCGGGCGCCGGAGCGGGCGGCUCGCCCGCCUCCCCCGCUCCGCCUGUCAGGCCGCCUCCUCCCCUGCCUCCCUGCCUCCCUGCCGCGGCCGCUCACCUGCCGCCGGCCCCGGCACCUCGAGCGCGCCGCCGGCCCCGCUGCCCCCGCCCCGCCGCCUCGCCCUGCGCUCGCCGCUGCCUCAGGAGCCGCCGCACCCGUCACCGCUCCCGUUUGGGGAGGAAGCGGCCACCAUGUUACUUUCUCCCCCUCCGACGCCUACAGGCGGUGCAGGGCCCGCCCCGAAAGGAGGCGGUGGCGGCGGGGCCGGGAGCGGCGCUGCGGCGGCCAGGGGGCGCCGGCGGGAGCGGCCGGAGGCCGCGGCACGGGCACCUGCGGCGGCGCUCCGAGAGCCGGGCCCAGCCCCUCAGGCGGGCAGCCGGGCCGGGGUACGGGGGGCUCUUGUCCCCGCUCCGGCUUCGCUGAGCUGUUGGGCUGUACCAGGAAAAAGAGAUAUUGCUGGAAAUGGGCAUGAUCCUGCAAAGAUGAAAAAAAGCAAAACAGGACACAAGAGAAAAGGAGGUGGAGGCAAGUAAACAUAAACAUUAUCAUUAUAAUUCUAUUGCUAUUUUAGUUUAAGAAUUAAAGAAGCAACAAUUCUUACACUAGGGGAGAGCAAAAUGCUCUCUGGAAAGAGAGUAGGGAUGUAGGCUGGGGACUACUGUUGUGAGGGUCUUUGGCUAAGAGCCCAGGUGUCUGGGAGCUACAUGGCAUCAGUUAACUCACUUGGGAAUACAUGAGGGUGUUUCUUCCUGAGAGUUAACCACAGGCUGUGAUUCCACAAAAGCUUCAAGCCAAUUGAGGAGGCC